ACUUAUUGCUCCUUGUGUUUUCUUUCUAGAUAUCUGGAAAAAAUCAAUUGUGGUCUCCGAGGUCACAAUGAUUCACGUAAACAAAAAAUACAACUCCAGCAAGCAGGCGUCUGGCUGUGCUGGUCCUCCUCCAGUCUGGGUAGAGAAGAGCUGUGAGCAUCAGUAGGACCCCCAAACACACGGGUCAGGAUGAGCGAGCAGUUUAACUGUGAGAACUGUAAAGACUCUCUGUACGGGAGGAAGUAUAUCCAGGUGGAUGACGUGCCGCACUGCGUGCCCUGCUACGAUCGCCUCUUCGCCAACAUCUGCCAGGGCUGCAAGGAGCUCAUCGGACACAACUCACGGGAGCUGUACUAUGAUGAUCACCACUAUCAUGAGGAGUGUUUCCGCUGUUCUCGCUGUGAGCGCUCGCUGGCUGAGGAGCCCUUCACCUGUCAGGACGACGCCCUGCUGUGUAACGACUGCUACUGCAGCGAGUUCUCCUCCAAAUGUGUGGCCUGCAACAAGACUGUGAUGCCAGGGUCGAGGAAGUUGGAGUAUGGGGGGUGUACCUGGCACGAGGAGUGUUUUGUGUGUCGUGAGUGUGAGCAGCCGCUGGGCUCUCAGGCCUUCAUCCCUGAUAAAGACGAGUAUUACUGCGUUCCGUGCUACGAGGGACGCUUCUCCCCGCGCUGCACACACUGCAAACAGGCGCUGGUGCAGGGUGGUGUGACGUACAGGGACGAGCCGUGGCACCGGGAGUGUUUCCUGUGUACCGGGUGUAAGACGCAGCUGGCCGGGCAGCCCUUCACCUCUCAGGGGGAGAGCCCUUACUGUGUGAAGUGCUUCAGCAGCCUGUACGCCCAGAAAUGCUCCGCCUGCAACAAGCCCAUCACAGGCUUUGGUGAUGGGAAGUAUGUGUCGUUUGAGGAUCGUCAGUGGCAUCAGUCGUGCUUUAAGUGCGCUGGAUGCUCCGCCUCCCUGGUUGGAGCCGGAUUCUUCCCCAGCGGCGGGAAAGUCUACUGUAAAGACUGCAACGACAACUAAACUACAAAACCACAGCUUCACCUGCGUCCAAACCAUCACCUAUCAUCACCUGCCAUCACCUGUUAUCAUCUAUCAUCACUUAAUCACCACUCAUCUUAAAGAUAUGAUCAUUUAAACAUGAGAGAGAGUUCAUUGUAUAUCUAUAUUUUCAUUUUCUCUUUCUGUACUAUAUAAAUCAAGCUUUGGAAUUUGAUAUGUGCAUUUAUAUUCAUAAUAAAGUUUGCAAUACAGUGCUGUGCAAAAGUCCUAGGACAUCUACAGUCUAUAUACAUAUAUUAAAAAUAUGUAUCUGUGCAUUAAAUGCAUGAAAACACAAAAUAAAUAUAAAUAAACAAAUAAG